GUAAAGAUGGCUUUGGAUGCUGUGAGGAUAAGGACUUGCGUUCAGGAAAUUGUUAAACAUGACUUACAGAUCAAUUCAUAUGCACAGGAGCUCAGAAGUAGCUGCAAAACCAUGGAGAGUCUGGACAGUAUCAACACAAGAAUUAAAGCAGAGACUGCCAUCUGUAAAAACAGAAUAGAGGAGCUAGAGAAGAUUGGCAAAGAGCAAGAUAAAGAAACAGACAGAAUAGGACUCCUCAAGGAAGCAGAUCAUUACAGAAAACAACUCAGAAACACACAGACUGCUAUUAGGCAAGCCAACCUCAGCUGCAAGAUGGAGAUUGAUAGAAACCAAAGAAAUGAGCUGCUGAUAGGACAGGAAGAUCCAGAGGUCAGGAAAAGAAAAAAUAAGGAAGACCUCGCUAAGACAGCAAGUGGCAUCACAGAGAGUCUUCUGAGUCUCAAUCGUAUGAUGGCAGACAAUGUAGAGAGGAGUAAUCUUACCAACCAAACCUUAGUGACCUCCUCCAACAGAAUACAAGAAACAAAUGAAGAAUUUAAAGGAAUGGCAGGCGUCAUUCAGACCAGUCGGAAUCUCCUCACCAAGUACGGACGUCGAGAAAUGACGGACAAGCUGCUCAUAUUCCUUGCUCUUGCCCUCUUUCUUGCCACGGUCGUCUACAUUCUAAAAAAGAGGAUCUUUUGAUCAGCCUGACAUUAAAGACACUCUGAAGGGACUGUGAAACAUUGUUAAAACUCUUGAAGAUUGGUUCAAAUUAUGAAAGGAGAGCUGAGCAGCAAGAGAUAUUGUCUACAUCCAUCUACUUCAGACUCAUUUAACUUGAUCUUCAAUGCUACAGUGGUCUCUUUUCUAAAGAAAAGGAUCAUUCAAUGUAUCUGAUUAAUGAAAAGACUUGUAAAACAUUCUCCAAAUGGCUUUAAAUUGUGAAAGAAGAGCUGCACAGUAAGAGGGGAUAUUCUCUGCAUACUCAUUUACAUUGAUUUUCAGUGCCAUCUCUAUUCUGGAGAAAAGUAUUUUUAAAUGAAAAGAAAGAAAUUGAUAUUUUGAUGACUAGGAAAAGACUGAACACUUAAAAAAUAUGAACAUUUUAGUAGAAUAUAAAUUUAUGAAAGAAAAGCACCACAGUGAGAGGGGACAUUGUCUCUAUUUUUCCAUACUCACUUAGAAGCACCUAGAGUCAUUUACAUGUACAUCUAGCUUUCAGGCAUAAAUCCCAUUCAGUUGUCACAGCCUCACAGGCAACACAAUAUCUAAACUAUCUGUAAUUGUAUUAUUCCAAUACUGUUGAAAUGUGAUAGGUGAAAGGAGCUUCUAGUUAGAACAAUGAUUUCAAUAUUUCAUCUAAUGGUUAAUUUCGAGAGUUAUUUCAUUUUCAAUAAACUUGCCAUUAUUGAUGUAUUAAUCAACGAAACAAGUGCGACUGGGUCUCCUAUAUAUGCCUCCACCCUAAAUUCAGUAUAGGAAAUGGAUGAAAUUAUUUGUGACUUAUCACAAUGGAAAAAAAGAAUGGAAAAAAAUCUUUUGUGGUUCUUUAGAUAUCGCAAUAGCACGGUUAAAACCUGUUAUUUCAGAAAUUGACCUCUGUGACCUUUGACCUAUUAACCAACAAUCUUAUCAGAUCGUCUUCCUAUGGAAAUACAUAUUAUCACCAAGUGUGAGCCUCAUAUCUCUAGUGGUUAUUGAGAUAUAGCAAUAACGAGACCUAUACCUGAAAUUGCAGAAGUUCACGUCUGUGACCUUUGACCUCAUAACUCCAAUAUCUAAUAAGAUUGUCAUCCUAUGGUGAUACAUAUUAUCACCAAGUUUAAGCCUCGUAUCUCUGGUGGCUCUUGAGAUAUCAAGACGGAUGGACGUACAGCCUCCGGCACCACCUUCAUUGUUCAAAGACAUAAAAAUCUACACAAAAAUUAUUGAUAUGAUGUAAUUUUCAUAUUUUUAUUAAAAUGUCUAGGAUAAUUUUUUUUUCUUCAAAAUUGAAAAUUCUGUGGAAUUUCAUUCCGUAAUGCUUACAUAGCAACAGAGUGGGGUGGAUGGAACAUUCAAUAUCUGAGAGUGAUGAGGUUAGAAACACAGUGAUGCCCUUUGCUCCAUAGAUAUGAUAGUCAGAAUGAUCUUCUCACAUUGGUUUAGUUUUUUGAUGUUCAUGAUCCCAGCCUGUAUUCUUGAAUGUGAAAGUUCUCUCUUUAUAUGUGACAUGAAACAGCCAUGGUUGCUGUAAUUCUAUGUGGAUCAAGGUAGCUCUUAAAAAAAGUAUGUAUGUAAUUCUGGUCAAGGUUCAUUGUUUGGUCAAAGGUCAACCACUUGGUUGGGGGAAAAAUGCAGUCAUUAAAAAAAAGUGCAUCAAUCUGAACUUGCACUCUCUCUCUCUUUUCAUUUUCAUUUCACUGUUUGAUUUAAUUAAUUAUUUGGUUAGUUAAGUUGGUUAAAAAACAAACUAUUUAUUUUUCUCUCAAAAUAUUUGUGCAUUAGCUACUUUGCUAACAGAUAUGUAAAUCACUGCUUGAGACUUGCCCUCAUCAAUGUUUAUUUUUGAUUUUGGACCAAUAUUGUUUCUUGUUUAUAGUAUCUUUACCUUUACAAACUAAACAAGAGAGUUUUGAAUAUUCAGACUUACCUUGGUCAUAUCAUUGAUGUACAAAUUUGUCACAGGUGCAUUACAAUAAUUUAUCUAUUAGUAAUCCUUACAUGUACUAAUCACAUGCAGUAUUCAAUUUUAUUUCAUUUUUGGUAGGAGAAUAUUAGUUCUGCUGAUAUUAUUUUCUACAGUGACUACAAUAAUUUUGACAUUCACCCAGAAAUCAUUUGGGUCUGUGUUUCAUAAUACCAUCUCGAUCUGAAAUGCUGUUGUUAAAAUUCAUUCUUAUUAUAUUAUUUUUAAGUUAUUGCAAAAUCAAUGUCCUUACAUUCCUUUAUCAGGCAUACUGUAAAACUGUAAACUUUUAAGUUUUGAGUGCUUAAAAUGUUUGGAAAUAUUGCAAGUGUUUCGAUUUUGCAAUCACAAGUGACACAACAUUAUCCUGUAUCAAUUCCCAAAUUCUUUAUAAAUAUGAAUAAUAUAUUCAAUUUGCCAAAAUUUCUAGUUAAAAUAAGAGCUGGUGAAUAAAAUUUGCAUUAUGCUAGCCCCCCUCUCUUACCUAAUUAUUUUCUCUGAUUUACCAUAUUUUUUUAAGUACGGUACAAAUUUGAAGUACAAAUUUCACAUACAUGUCGUACUUGUAACAUAAAUUCUGUAAAUCAUAUAUCAUGUGAUAUAAUAUAUUAAAUAUUGUUCAAAUUUA